UUCUCGAAGUAACCAUAGCAUUACAAACUUGGUAAAUUUUCUCUCAAAAAUGUACAUUCCGUACAUUAUCUUCACCCUGGCAAGACUUUUCUACGAGGGACAAGAUCACACUCCAGACAACUUGAGCCCAAUUACGGGAUCAAAUCGUCAAAUCGUUUCUUACACGGCUGUCCAGCCGUUUCAAAAUAAGAUAAGAAAAUUCGGCCCGAAAGGAUAUGCAAGCCACAUCCCGACCCGACAUGACGCACCGCUUAGAUCUAGUCUUACCCUUCAUAAUCCCACCAGCCUUCACGGCAUCACGCAAGGGUCCACCGGCCUCCCGCUGGACGGUCUCAUCCCCUUCGGCACUGACCAUGGCGACAGCCCCCUCCAACAUGCGGACGAUGCCUUCGCUCAAAUCCCGCUCUCCUACGAUCCCUGGAUCUUUGUAGAGACGCAGUACGACACCAUAUUCCUCAACACGAAUGGCGGAAUCUCACUCUUAAAUGGCACCACCGAGUUCAUCCCGCAAUGUGGUCCACUCCCCCUCCCAAUGAUCACUCCACUCUGGGCCGAUCCUGACAUCCGGUUGGGUGGGGAUAUCUUUUAUCGCCAAGCCACCGAAAGUGACACCAUGUCGAAGGUGCUCCCAUUUUUGCAAAAGGCCUUCCCCGACGAUGCCCUGGACCUUCAGGCGCUCCAGUAUGCCUUCAUCGCCACGACGUACAACGUCCCGUUUUGCCACGCCCAACCGGAAACGGACACCUGUCCCGGGCUCGGGUUAAGAAACACGUUCCAAACGAUUUUGGUGAGGGGCCAAGUGGAUGCCUUCAUUAUUUAUUUAUAUCAUCAAAUACAGUGGACGGAUGCGCCAAGUGAGACCUUCGGUGAUGGGGGAGACCCUUGCACAGGAACUAACGGCAAACAUCCCGCCAUGGCGGGUUUCGAUUCGGGAGAUGGCGUGAGUCGAUUCGUCCUUCCUGGCUCCUGCACAACCAACGCUAUCAAUCUCGCCCAAACGACCAACAUCAACAUUCCUGGGGCCUGGGUUUUCCGCGUGCUGGACACGGUCGUCACGCCCUGCAACGUCACGUGCAUUCCUGGCCUGCAAUUUAGAUCCGACCCGUACGAUUGUCAUUCCUACUACGAAUGCGCCAACAAUAUCCCGUAUUCCAUGAAGUGUCCCUCCGACCUCGUUUUCAAUCCGACGAAGGGCGUUAAUGCGUGCGAUUUCCCGUCAAGAUAUGAAUGUGAACCCAUUUGCACUCAUUAACACAUGGAUUUUGACAACAAAAUAACUAUACUUCGAUAAAAAUGCAGAAUUUUAUUUGACCAAAGAUCUGAAAUAAAGCAAAAUUUUAAUUGGAUAAUGGAAUCAAAAAUACAUAUGUAGACUUGUAUCCCCACAAAUAAACUUAUUUAAAUAACAUCUUUAUAAAAAGUUAUAAAUUAAAUAUGCCUAAAUAUUUGAGAGAGGACCUCCAGUUUCAAAAUAAUGACUUGGUUCAUAGAAAUACUACUAUGAGAUUAAUAAUAAAUUAGCCUGAUUUGUA